AAUAAACCAACUUAUCAUAAUUUCUAUUUUUUUUUCAUUUUUUUGUCUAAUUUGUACCAUUUCUUUAUAUAAAUAAAACCUUUCUUGAUCCAUAUUUCCUAUAAUUUUCAUUCUUCUUGAUCUCUGAAUUGUGAUAACCCUACAUAUAUUUUGUUUCUACUUCACAAGCAUUUAAAGAUGUCAUUGGAGUUGGUUUCUGACCGAGUUUGUUAUGUUCACUGCAACUUCUGCAACACAAUUUUAGCGGUUAGUGUUCCGAGCAGCAAUAUGUGUACUAUAGUGACGGUGAGAUGUGGGCAUUGUGCUAAUUUGUUGUCUGUCAACAUGGGGCAUUCCCUUCACUCAGUUUCUCUUCAAGAUCCACAGCCACAGAAAGUGCAAUCGAACUGGGAAGAAUUGAAUAAGGAAAGUGGAUCAUCUUCCAAAUGCAACAAACUCACAUCCUUCGAGUCGGAUGAUCAUCAACCGCCGAGAAUGCCUCCUAUCCGCCCUCCAGAGAAGAGACAACGUGUUCCAUCUGCAUAUAACAGGUUUAUCAAGGAGGAAAUACAAAGGAUCAAAGCUAGUAAUCCUGAUAUCAGCCAUAGGGAAGCUUUUAGCACAGCAGCCAAAAAUUGGGCACAUUUCCCUCACAUUCACUUUGGAUUGAAGCAUGCCAAAUUAGACCACCAGCCAUUCGGAGGAGAGGCUACUCAAAAAUCUAAUGGAUUAUGUGAGAUCAACCCUACCACUCUCUGAUCCACCAACCACAACACAACAUCCUCAUUUUUACUCUCUCUGUGACUCUGAUAUAUAUAAAUAUUAAAUAUGUAUAAGUAUGAUAAUAAAAUAUAUAUAUUAAUAUCAAGAAUAUAAACAAAAAAAACAAAUGAGAGGUUCUCUCCUAACUAAAUAGGGAAGCCCCAUGCAGCCUUAUAAUUUGUCAUUAGUAUAUAUAAAUAUGUGUGUCUGUGUUCCUCUUUUCCAACACUUAAAGAAGUGAGUGCUAUUCUAGUGAUUAUUGCAUUUAUGUUUCUUUAUUGCA